CACAAUGGGCGAUGGGACUGAAGCGGGCCAGUUUGAACUAUCGCAACAAGUACAGAUCGGUGCUGUUAAAACAAUAACCCCGACAGAGCAUGAAAUCGAAGCGGAGCUGUUCCAGCAAUGGAAACUACAACGGAGCCAGAUCCAAGCUCUUGAAAAAAGAACCCCGAUAUUACAGCACCAAAAUGAAGUGCCGCUGUUCCAGCAAUGGCCACAACAAAGCCAGAUCCCAGCUGUUGAAAAAAGAACCCCGGUACAGCAUCAAUAUGAAGCAGCGCCGUUGUUCCAGCAAUGGCCACAGGGCCAGAUCCCAGCUGUUGAAAAACGAACCCCGGUACAGCAUCAAUAUGAAGCAGCGCCGCUGUUCCAGCAAGGGCCACAGGGCCAGAUCCCAGCUGUUGAAAAAAGAACCCCGGUACAGCAUCAAUAUGAAGCAGCGCCGCUGUUCCAGCAAGGGCCACAGGGCCAGUCUCCAACUGGAAUCGAAGAAACGUCAUCUCACCGGGUAUCAUCGGCGUCUCGGAGAAAAGAUCGCAAAAGUUGAGAAGGAGAAAAAUCGUUUGAGAGCCAGUUACCUGAAUGAACACAAUGGGAACAACGCACCCGGCGCAGUGUAA